AUGGUGCUAGGAUGCGACAAAAGAAUCGGUCUUCAGAGCUGUGCCUCAUUUGGUACCAAUGGCCAUGAUAGCAUCUAUUGCAGCGUAGAUUCCAGAAGAAAAUUUCCAUUCGGUUCGAAUCAAGAGGCUAUUUGCAAUGAACUAAUCCAUUGUCGUGUUCAGGGCACAUCGAUGAGUUGUCUCUGCGUAUCAGCUUAUCGACGAAUAACAAGCAUUAACGUAUUGAGUGAUGAGAUCCUCACAUUGGAGAUGAUUGUCGUUAAUGGUGAAAGAAAAGCUGCUUGA